AUGCUAAGUCGGCAAUCGAACACUUCCGAGACCAUCGGACGUCGGGGAGAUUUCCUCCUUGAGUUUUGGGAUCGCUCAAGGCCCCUAAGAUUCAAUUUUCAUCGAUCUUCACGAAUAGCGGUGAGCGACAAGCCGGCUCAGCAUGGCUCGAGCACGCGGUCAACGAAUUUCAGUGAACAGAAGGAAGCAGAGCUAGCCGUCUUCGCCAAAGAACAGUCGGAAGAGGUUCUCAACGCCAAACUCACCGAGUUGACGAAUGCCAUGUUGGCAGCCUUGUACUACGACAAUUCUGAAUCGACUCUGAUUUAUAUGUCAUCCGAAAGUCGAGAGUUGACCGCCAUAGGCAAUCCAAUGUGCGAAAAAGCCAGAGCUCUGGCGCAACAAGAACAGAUGGAAGAAAGUGCAUAUAAAAAGCGCAAACUUCAACACAAGGUGGAUUCAGACGCGAAUAUACCUGAUACAAGUCCGUCUGAUUUCGCAAAGACCAUUCGCAAUAAAGUGGAGAAAGCUUUGAAAAAAAGCCCUCCCAAAUUUAUUUUUGAAACAAUCAAAAGUGGCAAAACCCCGCAAGGGAUCCAAACUGAAAACUCAGAGUCACAAAGUAAAGGAGGACUAUCGAGAAAAAGGAAAAGGGAGUGGGAAAAAGAAACUAGUGCGGAAGUAACCAAGCUGUUAGACUUAGCACAUAGGACUAGUUUCAAUCCCAAGUGUUUUUCUUCAAACCCAGAAGCAUUCUUCAUAAAAAAAACUUAUUGCUAUAAGUUACAACAACUUCAUAGACACCUUGGGUAUCCGUCUAUAAAUUGA